AGAUUAAGGUAAAUGUGCUGCUUAAGAAGAUGGAAACCAGCUAAAUCACUUGCACGCGGCGUGGCGUCAGGACCGACAAACUAGAGAAGUUGUGGCAAACGAAAGGCCAUGUAAAACAUUCGAAUCUAGUCAUAUUGUGAGGCUUUUGAGUGAUACGUACCAACAUGCCUCGCGGCACGAUUAUCCAGAAAGAUUUCCUCCAGAAAAACCUCCUAGUUCGAAAGGGCUUUUCCAGCCCCAUUUGGAAAUACUUUGGGUUCCCGACCAAUCCCAAUGAUCCCAGCGAGCCGGCCAACGAGGACGAAAUUGUCUGUGCGCUGUGCAACAAAAGCCUGUCGUACAACAAGAGCACAACGGUUAUGCACAAGCACCUGAAGGGCCGUCACCCUAGUGUGUUUGAAACCCUCGCAAAUGCCACCCCGGAAAAGAAAUUGUCGAAAGGAAAGGUGGGCAGGCCAAGUGGACGCCGUUCUGUAUCAACUUCAUCUAGCAGAGUCCAGUACAGCGAUACGGCAACGCCGAUGGUCGGCCUGAAGAGGAAGAAUGCAGUGCCCAAGCGUAGCUCCAGUUGGGUCUGGAACUACUUCUUUUUCCCCGAGGACCCGGACACCAACCAGCCCAGCAAAGAUUUUGUCACCUGCACCCUGUGCGAGAAAAAGAUGAGCUACCACGGCGGCACCUCGCCCAUGCGCACCCACAUCCGCUUGCUGCACAAGGCAGAGUUUGCCGAGCACAACCAGUGGGAGGUGGUGGAGGUGUCGCAGGACAUUCUCGGCAUCAACGCGGCCGACCCGAAGGUCAAGCACGAGGAGCAGCAGUCGGAGUUUGAGGAGCUGAACUUGAGCUCACUGUCUGAAGAAGACAUUUAUGCUGAAGACCUGUUGCAAAAGAAGGGUCUGCUGCACAAAAAGGGGGCCUGCUCCAGCCCCAUCUGGCAGUUCUUUGGAUUCCUCCCGGACCCGGACGACCCGGCAGAGCCCCAGACCCCAGAUAAGGUGGUCUGCGCUCUCUGCGGCAAGCAGCUAAUCUACACCAACUCCAGCACCACCAUCAUGCGUAACCACCUGGAGCACAAGCAUCCGAAGGUGCACAAGCACGUCAGCUUGAUUCCAAGGGCUGUCGGCACACCGUCAGGCGAGUCAACCAGGCGAAGUGGGGGCUUGAUGAGCAACCGGAAGAAACGGCUUUCAACGUGCAUUGCCAACUACAUCGCCAAGGAUCUCAAGCCUCUUUCCUCGCUUGAGGAGCCCAGCUUCAAGACGAUGCUUCAUGAGUUUGACCCCCGCUACGUCCUCCCAUCCAGGGACGAUUUCACCCUGAGGAUCAUCCCGCGCUUGUACGACCAAGUCAAACACCUGACAGUUCUACCGGCAGUCAAGAACGCCAAGCACGUGGCGCUGUCAAUUGAUGUGUGGGGCUGCUCUUCCACGGACCAGUACAUGGCGGUCACAGCACACCUCCUGACUUCGGACUGGGAGCUAAAGAGCUUCAUGCUGGAGAACGUUGAGUUUCCGUUGCCCCAUGAUGCUCCCCAUAUCGCAGACUGCCUGAAUAAGAUUGCUGCAGAUUGGACCAUCAGCGACGACCCAGUAAAAAUCAGCGCCCUUGUCACCAACAAUUCUGUCAAGAACAGCUUCACUGGGAAGCAUGUGCCCUGUUUAGGACACUCUCUGAAUUCCAUUGUCAAAGCAGGGCUUCAGUGCCCGGGGGUCGAAGAGCCAUUGGCUCAUUGUGUAAAGCUGGUCGAGUUUCUCCUCAGCUCUCCGAAAUAUGCAAUUACUGUUCACACGACGAUUGCCCAGCAGCCAGGAGAGCCUGAGGUGACCUCUCAAGACGUGGAUGUCUCACAGCAGUACGAGACCCACCAGCAACUUGAUGUCCAGGGACAGCUGGAUGUGCUAGAACGGCUCGUAACGGCCGCCCAGAUCAACGUGGAAGACCAAGCUGACAUUUCAGCUCUGACUACCAUCCAACAGGUAGAAGCACAGCCAGAGGUCCAGCCAGACGAUACUCUGAACAUAACCAUGCAGGACUUGAACAUUCCGCUUGGAACAACACAAAGCAUGCUUCGUGGCAUCCUUGACAAGAGAGAUUUGCUUAAGUCAGUCUUGGUGGCAGCGGACAGGAUGGAUCUUGAGUUGACCGAAGAGGACAUGAAGAUUGUGGAAGAGAUUGAAAAGGUCCUGGCUCCUCUGCAGACGCUGGCAGAGACAAUCCUCGGGAAGAGCUACGCCACUGCAUCCGGCCUUCUACCAUCGGUGUACUACCUGAAGUCAGUUCUCAAGGAAAAGGAUGUCGACCUGCCUGAGAUUAUGGAGAUGAAGCAGGCCAUGGCACAGGAGCUGUCCAAUGUCUAUGAUGACCCAAUUCUCUUGGUUGUCCUCCCUAAGGCCACAUUCCUGGAUGCUCGCUAUAAGAAGCUCCCCUUCCUGACCGAAGAGCAGAAGAUAAACCUCCACGAUGAGAUUGCCAACGAAGCCAUGCUCUUGACAGACAACAAAAUCGCCGAGGGUACUGACCGAGAUGAGCCCCCAGAGAAGAAGCCGAUGCAUGUGUGGGCCUCUCUACUGGGAGACAUGUUUGACGAUGAAAACGUCGGGGUCAAGGAAACGGAACCAACUGGAGGAGCCAAGGAUGAAAUCCGGAGGUACCUGACAGAGCCACGCCUUGGCCUGGAGGCAGACCCUUUGAAGUGGUGGAGGCAGAAUGGACCCAGGUACCCACUGCUCUCGGCUGUUGCCAUGAAGUAUCUCUGCAUCCCAUCCACCAGCGUCCCCUCAGAGCGCCUGUUCAGUUCAGCGGGGGCCGUCAUUGCCGCCAAGAGGUCUCUCCUAGAUGCCAAGGAUGUUCAAUUGCUCCCUUUUCUAAAAGCCAACCUUCAGUGAUUAACAAGUUGAAGAGAUAAACACUAACCCUCCUAUGCAAACGUACAUUCUGUGCCCAGAAGUCCUUUCAGUCAAAAUCAAACAAGUGACUGUUUCCAACGGUUAAGAAUUCCCAGCCUACAUAAAGCACGAUUGAC